CAAGUCAGUGUUUAUGCAGUCAACGGCGAGUGAGGUUGUGUCGUGGGUUGUUCCUUCAUAGUGUCACUCUGCAUGUAUCGAAGUUAAAUAUCUGUUUCAGUGGUUUUCGUAUUACGAUGUUUGAUAAAGAUCCUGAGGGUGAUUCUAGUAUGCCUUGUGGAAGCAGAGAAAGUGAAAUGAGUGAAGAAGAGCAGAAGCCCUUGCUUUCAAUUGGUGCAACUGGAAAACAAGAAGGGCAUGACCCAGCAUCAUGCCAAAGUGACCUUGCUGGUGACCCUAUCGCAGAUUUUACAGAAUCAGCCAGCCCAUUAUCGACUACCCUGAAAACUAGUGUUUCAAGUGAUUUUCUUAAUAGUAACAGUGAAGCCACGGAGAACUCUUGUAAUGAGAACUCUACAAAUGAGAAUGUAGAUCUUGAAACUCUGUUAACCACUAGUACCCAGAGUGAUUUAUCGAUGCAAGAAUAUCAAGAUGCAAGAGCACCGUUAAUACAAAAACAGUUCACGGAAAGUCGAAAUGAGGAAGGGCCUAUCACCCAUUCGCAGUCUAUGCCUUCAUUACAAGAACACCCACCUAAAUCCGUACCUCCGGAAUUGCAAAAUAAGGAAAACACACCUGAUUCCAGUCAUUGUCAGGCAGCUCCUUCCCAACAUUCAUCUCAGUCAGUACCACAGCAAAAUAUGCUAGCUCCCAUGGAUGUAGUUUCUGAGGAUCAUUUAUCACAAACGAAUCAUCAGCAGCCAUCCCCACGCAGGGGUAAUGAACAUAGCCAAUCAGUACCACAACAAAAUAUUGUAUUGCAGCCAGUGACUACAACCUCAACCAUGGAUGUAGUUUCUCAAGAUCAGUAUUUACAAGGGCAUCAUCGGCAGCCAUCCCCAUAUAGGGGUAGUGAAAAUAGCCAGGCGUUGGCCAUUUCACCUCACAACCAACUAAUGGCAACACCAAACCAGGCAAUAUCACCUCCUUCAAAUGCAUUUUUACCUCACCCUUAUUGGCCGAUGUCAUAUCAGUAUCCCUCUCAUCUCAACCAACCUUAUCCACCCUCUCAUCUCAACCAGCCUUAUCCACCCUCUCAUCUCAACCAGCCUUAUCCACCCAUGCAGUAUCCAGCACCGCCAAUAUAUCCAUAUUAUCAGCCCUUGCCUCUAUUGCAGCCAUAUCAUGGACCAUUAUCACAACCUUUAUCUCCUCAAUCUAGCAGUGAUGGACAUAAUGCAGUUCCUUUCCAACAAAACCAAUUACCACCAUGUCUUAGUAAUCAUACUCAUGGGAUUCCAAAUCAGAAUAAUCUGGGGAGUAACCAGCAACCUCAGAAUCCAGGUGGUGUUAGCCAACAAGAUCAGAGGUUGGAACAAGGAAGGGCCAACUCCCCUAUAGUGACAGUAUGUGAUCCCCCUAGUGAACAUAUUAAGAGUCCACAAAAUGCCAAAGUUUCUGAACCUGAGAUCCUCCAGUCCCUGCCAUCAUGUCCAUUUCAGACUGCCUUAUAUGAGAACCAGAAGCCACACUCGUCCAAACCUGUAGUAGGUAUGCGCUUACAGGGUCCUCGCCAUCUCUUUACUGUGGUUCCAGUGGCAAAUGUGGAACUUGAAACUGUUGAAGAAGAAAGUAAACCAACCCCAUCAGGAGGGAGAGGCCCAAGUUCAUCUAAAGCAUGUAGUUCUUCCAUAUUGCCUGUAAAGUCGGCACAACCAACCUCAGUGCCAACUUUUUCCCCAUCAAAGUCAGAACCAGUUUCAACACAUCCCUUGGAAGAUGGUACAUCUCUCAUUGAAAAAAGUGACACACUAACUGGGACAACCCUAAAUUCAUUAUCCCUAGCAAAAAGUCCUAAAAACGGCCUCUCAGUCACUGCUGGAAGAGGCGGAUCUAGUAGUAAAGAUGACUCUUAUUUGUCUCCUAAAGGCAUAAGAAUGCAGAAGAUUUCAUCUCCCGGACGUAAUGUGUACCAUACAGUAACAGGCAUGCCUCAAGGACAAAGUACUCUUUGCCGUGACAACGCACUUAAGGGCUUGUCUAAUGUUCCGAGGGGCUUUACUGUUGGAGGCUUAGGUCUUUCUCCAUUCCAUCCAAGAGGCGAGUAUGGUGUAGGGGGUGCUCCAUUUUUGCGUGGUAAGAGAGAUGUUGGCGUGCUGAACCUGCCAAGAAAUCCAUAUCACACUGUGACUGGUAUGGUGUCAAAUCCUCACCCUGUACGAGACUAUGGAAUAGGUGGGGGAAAUUCUUCUCCCCUGCUGAAUCAUAGAGAUGAAAUUCCAUCAUAUAGGCCUCGUGGGCCUGGGGGUAUCCCAGCAUCUUUGGCCUCAGUUGUAAUGCCUAAGGACCCUACUCUUGUGUCAUCGAGAUCAUCGAAAAGUCUAAAGCGGCUGAGUUGGGGAUACACUGUCACAGAACCCCGUAGCAUCCUUGGACAUUCAAGUUCAGCAAAACACCUUGGCAAUACACUUGUUGAGGAAAAUGCUGAUGGUGUUGCAUCUCCUCUUAUACUUCCGGUUGACCAGAUGAAUAUCACAGAACUUAAUGAGCUUACUGUGAAUUCCAUGGGUGGCAUUAGUAUAGAAGUGGGGAGUACAGAUGGAAGAGCAAUGACUGUCCGAGGUGCCUUGACAUCUCCUGACCAGCUUCCAUAUCUUCCAGCUGUCUUCAGGCACAGCCACCUGGAGGGCGGCAAAGACACCCGUGAUAACUACGGAGGCAGCGAUGGAAGGCAGACGUGGGGCAACAAAGCACAGUUUGUGUUGGCCUGCAUUGGCUACGCCGUUGGGUUGGGAAAUCUGUGGCGCUUCCCAUAUCUCUGCUACAAGAGCGGCGGAGGUGCGUUCCUGAUCCCGUACUUCCUUAUGUUAUUCCUGUGCGGGAUUCCGCUUCUCCUCAUGGAACUCGCCGUGGGCCAGUAUACCCGCAGGGGACCUAUCGGAGCUUUAGAAAAGCUAUGCCCAAUUUUCAAAGGUGCAGGAGUGGGGACAGUCAUCAUGUCUUUUUUGUUGGGGACUUACUACAAUGUUAUCAUUGCUUGGGCAAUCUACUACCUAUUCCAGUCCUUCACAUCUGAAUUACCUUGGAGAUUCUGUGAUCCAGCUUGGGCAGUCAAUUGCUUUGAUCAUUAUGGUAUAAACAUAUCAGCUCCAAAUGGAACAAAGUCAGCUACAGAGGAGUAUUUUGAUGAAGUAGUUUUACGGAAAAGCCGAGGGCUGGAGGAAAUGGGAUCAUUUAGGCUGGAAAUCCUUCUGGCACUUUUUGGUGCCUGGGUUUUGGUUUACUUCUGCCUUUGGAAAUCCAUUAAAUCAUCAGGGAAGGUUGUUUAUGUAACAGCAACGCUGCCAUACGUCUUGAUUGGUGCAUUUUUGUGGCGUGCUCUUACUUUGCCAGGAGCCAGCACAGGUCUGCAGUAUUUCUUCAGUCCAAGAUGGGAACUACUUUUGAAGGGCGAGGUUUGGGUGGCAGCUGCAGCACAAAAUUUCAAUAGCAUUGGUAUUGCCUUUGGAUCUCUCAUUGCCUUCUCAUCUUACAACAAGUUCAACAACAAUAUUGUUCUUGAUACAUGGGCAAUCUCAUUGACAAACUCUUUCACAUCACUCAUGUCAGGAAUGAUAGUGUUCUCGACUCUUGGUAACAUUGCUUUGGAGCAAUCUAAAGAUAUGGAUGAAGUAGUAGCACAAGGUCCUGGUCUUGUGUUUAUGGUGUAUCCCCAAGCACUGGCCAAGAUGCCAUAUGGAGGUAUUUGGGCUGUUCUCUUCUUUUUCAUGCUUCUCAUUCUUGGACUUGACUCACAGUUUGCAAAUGUUGAGGUGAUAAUCACAUCAUUACAAGAUGGUUUUCCUAAGUGGCUUAAAAACAACUUGAAACAUCAUGAGAUUUUAGUUUUAAUUGUUUGCUUAAUCUCGUUUAUCUGUGGACUCCCAAAUGUCAUGCAAGGUGGUAUCUACUUUUUCACUCUUAUAGACUACUAUGCAGCAAACAUUUCUUUGAUGUACCUGGCAUUCUUUGAAGUGGUAUCAAUAGUAUGGAUAUAUGGAGCAGGCAGGUUAGCAAGGAAUGUACAGGAAAUGACUGGUCGCCUACCUUCCUUGUAUUUCCGUGGGUGUUGGUAUGUUGCUGCGCCUCUUUUGAUAAUGGCUAUUUGGAUAUUUUCGAUUGUGGAUUAUAAGCGGCCAACUUACAACAAUGGAGAAUAUAAGUUUCCAGACUGGGCAGUUGGAGUGGGGUGGGUGAUUGCUUCCUUAUCCAUAGUGCCUAUCCCAAUUUUUGCUGUGAUUGCAGUGUGGAAGGCUGAAGGAACAACAUUCUGGGAAAAAUUCAAAAAUUCUUUCCAUCCUCAAAUUGAUGACUGUGAUUGCAUUGGAGGUGUAUUUGAAGAGGAGGAUGAUUAUAACCCAAACAAAGAAGAAUUUUUGGAUCGUCAGGUAAAGCUUGUUGUAUAUAAUGGACCAUCAAGCGAUUUAAAGAAGUCUUCAGAUGAUGGGCAAGAAAAAAUUGAGAAUGAAACAAAAACUAAUGGCAAAACUUAAUUUACAAUUUUUGGAUUGUAAGAAAUUGUCGACAGAGCUAUAGCUGGAGGUCACCUGAAAUUUAGAUCAAAUAUUUUGGUAAUAAUAAAUUUGGAUUUUCUGACAGGCAUAAAAUUCUUAUUUUUCAUACAAUUAUUGUUGUCACCUGUUAUUAUCCAAGAUUAGUAUCUGAAGUCCAUAGGUUCUUCUUCCAUUUUAGAAAAUAGCAUGGCUUGCAGUAAGUGUUCCACAGUAGAUUACUGUGAAAAAGUGAAGUGAAAAUCUAUUGGCUUUCCUGUACGUAUUUUAUUUUGCCCAUACUGGGUACUUGUUACAUAACUAUUUCCAGCUAUAGCCAACCACCAACACCUGGCAUAAAGAUGUUGCCACUUUCAAGACAUCUUUGGGCUUUCAGUUAGGUUUAGUCUUCGCCUCAUUGUGAGGAUACACAUGCAGGUAGAAAAUCUUUGUUUUCAUUCCACACCAUUGUUCCUCUUAUUUUCACUUCAAGUCUUAGAAAUAUUAGGGUUAAACAGAAAAUAAAUAUAGCAGCUUGAUUUUUUGUAAAUGGAAAGUCAAGAAGAAUUUGUUAUAUUAAUCAGAAAAAUACUGAUGAUAUUUACAGCUUCUUUAUAUAUCAAGUUGUGUUUCAUUUAUUUCAAAUAUGCUCAAGAAUCAGUGCUUGACAGCAACUUUAUCAUAUGAUGAUGAUUUUGAUUAGGUAUGGUAAUUUAUUGUGUACUGUAUUCUUGUAUUUUCCUCAAUUACCAUUAUUGAAGUCGGUGAAAGUUGUGUACAGUAAAUACAUACUAUUGUAAUAUCAAUAUGAAUGUAUUGAAAUAAUUUUUAGUGAUGCUUAUGAAAUUUUCAUCUUUAAAGCAAUACUACUGUAUUACAUACAUACAAGUAAGAUAACAGUUGCCUUUCUGUAAUCACUGGUUAAUCUUGUGCCUGAGUGCUGGACUUACAGCAUCAUAUCUGUAUAUUUAUAAACACUCCUAUUGUUGAAACGUUACAAACCCUGAGCCCCAUAUUUAGUUGUUGGAAUUGCAUUAAUCACAUGGAUAGGUUGCGAUAUAUUUCUGUAAACCGUGAAAUUUUAUCAUACUACAGUAAUCAAUAGUCAGGAAAUGUGGACAAUAUUGCAAGUUUAUUUUUAUCUUUUUUUAACAAAAAGCAGUACUUAACAGUUCUGGACAAUAACAGUUAUGCAGAAUAAUUUUUAUUCUUUAAUAGCUUCUGAAGAGAUAAUGGUAAGAUUUCCAUCUCUCUUUCCAAUGUUUUUAGUACACUUCCCAACUGAACUAAUUUAAUUUUAACUCAAGAGAUAUUUUAGUAUAAAUGCAAUACCAAGAAAUUGUGUUAUGUAAUACUGUCAGCCAUAAGUAUAAGGACAGCUUAUGUUCUGCAUUAGUAUUAUGUAUAUAUUUUUAAAAAUUAUUUUAUCUGAGACUAAAUCCACGUAAAUAUGUAUUUUGGUGAUCAACUAUAAUUGAAUUAUAGUCCUGAAUGCGUUCAAACGAAAAAAAUUGCUGUACACUAGUCUUUAAGUAAAACCACUACGUACAGGUGAUUAUAGUAUUAUAAUAUACAGUACAUGGAAAUAAACACUUCAUCCUCA